GCAAUAGUUUUGCCUCAUUCCCUUGCACAAGCUCCAUCAUGUUUUCUUCUCGCUCUAUCAUGUUUGCACUACUUAGCUUCCUCGCUGGCGCCAAUGCGUGUAUACAGUGCCCACGCAUACUGAAUUACGAGGGUACUCUCAUGAAACUACUCAGUACCGUCCCAAAGGGACGGGUGACAUAUUGCAAUUAUAGUCCACCAGUGAACUGUCAGUAUUACACCAAUAACGGCAGGAUGUCAGGAGGGCCUAAUUUUUGUCCGGGUACAGCAAUUGUGAAGAAAAACUGCUGAACGUGAUGUAAAGAGGUGGGGGAGACGAGACACCCGACAUAGAAUGAGCAAUGUCUGAUUUUUGAUCUCAUUCUGUCAAU